GAGCGAGCGAGCGAGCGAGCGCAGCAGGCAGCGGUCCGGCACUUGGUCGGUAUGUAGCAGCAGCAGCGGAGCUUCUGUCUGGGACUAUAGCGAGAAAAAAACGCGCCUUGGGUUGAAAAUAUUAGUAAGGGGAUUAAAAUUAAAACUACCCGAGGAUGAGACACACGCCGUCCGCCUGAAGGAGACUAAAACACGCCGUUAUUCCGCUAAUUUACCACCUUUUUUAAACGAAAAUGGCGAACGACUCUCCGGCUAAAAGUCUGGUGGACAUAGACCUGGCAUCCCUGAGGGAUCCUGCUGGGAUUUUCGAGCUGGUGGAAGUGGUCGGAAAUGGUACAUAUGGACAAGUCUACAAGGGUCGACAUGUUAAGACGGGACAGCUGGCGGCCAUCAAGGUCAUGGACGUCACCGAGGAUGAAGAGGAGGAAAUUAAGUUGGAAAUCAACAUGCUGAAGAAGUACUCCCAUCACAGAAACAUAGCCACCUACUACGGAGCCUUCAUCAAGAAAAGUCCACCAGGCCAUGAUGACCAGCUCUGGCUGGUGAUGGAGUUCUGUGGUGCCGGCUCCAUCACAGAUCUGGUGAAGAACACCAAGGGCAACUCGCUGAAGGAAGACUGGAUCGCCUACAUCUCCCGAGAGAUCCUCAGGGGAUUAGCUCACCUGCAUGCUCAUCAUGUCAUUCACCGCGACAUCAAAGGACAAAACGUGCUGCUGACUGAAAACGCUGAAGUCAAGCUGGUGGACUUUGGUGUGAGCGCUCAGCUGGACCGGACUGUAGGUCGAAGAAACACCUUCAUCGGGACGCCAUACUGGAUGGCUCCAGAGGUCAUCGCGUGUGACGAAAACCCUGAUGCUACCUACGAUUACAGGAGUGAUCUGUGGUCCUGUGGAAUCACAGCCAUUGAAAUGGCUGAGGGAGCUCCUCCUCUGUGUGACAUGCAUCCAAUGAGAGCCCUCUUCCUCAUUCCCAGAAACCCACCUCCUCGACUCAAGUCCAAAAAGUGGUCAAAGAAGUUCUUCAGCUUCAUUGAGAGUUGCCUUGUGAAGAAUUACACCCAGCGCCCUCCCACUGAGCAGCUGCUGAAACACCCCUUCAUUCGGGACCAGCCCAAUGAGAGGCAGGUCCGCAUCCAGCUCAAAGACCACAUCGACCGAACCAAGAAGAAGAGGGGCGAGAAAGAUGAGACAGAGUAUGAAUACAGUGGCAGUGAAGAAGAGGAGGAAGAGUCAUCUGAGCAAGAAGGAGAGCCAAGUUCCAUAGUCAACGUGCCGGGCGAGUCGACCCUGCGUCGUGACUUCAUACGUCUGCAGCAGGAGAACAAGGAGCGUUCGGAGGCCCUUCGCCGCCAACAGCUCCUCCAGGAGCAGCAGCUCCGUGAGCAGGAGGAGUACAAGCGCCAGCUGCUGGCUGAGAGGCAGAAACGUAUCGAGCAGCAGAAGGAGCAGCGGAGACGGCUGGAGGAGCAACAACGACGUGAGCGCGAGAUGAGGAGGCAGCAGGAGCGUGAGCAGCGCCGGCGCGAGCAGGAGGAGAAGAGGCGCAUCGAAGAGAUGGAACGACGCCGCAAAGAAGAGGAGGAGCGCAGGAGGGCCGAGGAGGAAAAGAGGAGGGCCGACCGCGAGCAGGAGUAUAUACGUCGACAGCUGGAGGAGGAGCAGAGGCACCUGGAGAUCCUGCAACAGCAGCUCCUCCAUGAACAGGCCAUGCUUCUGGAGUACAAAUGGCGGGAGCUUGAGGAGCAGCGGCAAGCUCAGAAACUCCAGAGACAGCUGCAGCAGGAGCAGGCCUACCUGCUGUCGCUUCAGCAAAACCAGAACUUGGACAGUAGCAAAACAGCCCAGCAACAGACCCCCAAACCCCCACAGAACCCUGAACCUGACAGGGUAAAGCCUCUGCAAGCCCCUGAGCAGGAAACAACAAAACAACCACAGAACACUGACAGUGAGAAGACACGGCCCAGUCCAGCCUCCAGUCUGGAAAAAACUACAGAAAGCAGGCUACCAGUGGCUGACCUUCAAGGCCCCGCCCCUGACUCUGAGCCAGUCAGAGAGGCUGACGAGCGAUAUCGGAAGAACGUCCAGGGUUCUCCCCAGGCGGCUCAGACCAAACCACAGCAGCCUCCGGUGCCGCCGCGAUCUGAGUCUUCAUACCCCAAUGGGAACUCUGCUUCUGAGGCCAUGCACCGGCCUGUGGAACCACAGGUUCGUUCUCAUCUGGCUGCUUUAAAGAGCAGCAGCAGCGUGGCCUCAUCAAACUCCACUGCCACUCCGCCUGUUGUGUCACGAUCGCACUCCUUCACAGAGCCGCUUACCCCUAGCUUUGAAAAUCUCCACCUUCAAAACAGCCACGAAUCCCGCCAUCACCUUCCAUCAUCAUCAUCACCACUAUCAUCCUCAUCAUCAACGCCUGCUCGCACUGACCCACACCCCCAUCCUCAGCCUAGGCCCCAUGAACCAGCCCCUUCAGCGGAGGUCCCACCGAGGGUUCCUGUCAGGACUACAUCAAGGUCCCCAGUGUUGCCGAGGCGAGAUUCGCCUCAUCACCUUGGCAACGCCGUACACAGCAGCCACGCAGCACAACACAAUGCUGCCAGUGCAGCGGAGCCUCGGCUGCUGUGGGAACGAGUGGAGAAACUGGUUCCCAGAACGACCAGUAAUACUGGCAGCGGAGGCUCCAGUUCCUCUAGCAGCUCCAGUAACUCCAGCUCUCAGCCCGGUUCUCACUGUGGCUCAGGAGAGAGGUUCAGGGCCCGCUCCUCUUCUAAAUCUGAGGGUUCACCCCUCCAGCGGCCAGAGAAUGCUGGGAAAAAACCAGAGGAGAGGAGGGACGUGCUCAGGCCGAACAGAUCAGCGGACCUGACGGCUCUGGCCAAAGAACUGCGUGCCGUGGAUGAUGUUCGCCCCCCAAAUAAGGUGACAGAUUACCCUUCAUCCUCCAGUGAAGACUCGGACACCACUGACGAAGAUGACGAUGAAGAGGUGGAUCAGGAGGCAGGUGAAGAGUCGACCUCUGGCCCGGAGGACUCCAGAGCUGUUUCUUCUCGGCUGAGUAACGGAGAAACGGAGUCUGUGAAAACCAUGAUCGUCCACGAAGAGGGCGAGAGUGACGCGGGCACAACGCCAUGCAAAGACAGCACGCUGAUUGUCAGACAGAGUGCAGGUGACAACAGAAAGCGUACGGGCCCUGGCCCAGGCCAAACGCAGACACCUGGCAUGCAUGCAGGCUUUGCCCCGAGCCCCGGCUCGGUGUCGCUCCAGGGCCUCGCUCACCACACCCCCAGCCCCCACCACCACCAUCAUCAUCACCAUCAUCACCCCAUACAGCAUUCGGACAGGAAUGGCUUUGCUGGUCGCAUCCACCAUCUCCCAGACUUGAUCCAGCAGAGCCACCAUUCCUCCCCCUCCUCCUCUGCAUCCAACUCCCCUUCCUCUUCCAGCCUUGCCAGUCCCUCGUCCAUGUCCCCACAGAGUCCCUUGGACAAGCUUGGCAUCCUCACAGAGAGCCAGUCUAGUAACAACAUGCAGAAGCACAAGUCUUCUUCCUCCUUCACUCCGUUCAUUGACCCACGACUUCUCCAGGUCUCUCCAUCCACCGGCAGUGCCCUCAACAAUGUCGGCUAUGGGAACGAUGCCCGGCUGGCAGAGGCACUGAGAGCAGAUCCAUCCCGGAAGGGCUCCGUGGUCAACGUCAAUCCGGUCAACACCCGCCCUCAGAGUGACACCCCAGAGAUCCGCAAAUACAAGAAGAGGUUCAACUCUGAGAUUCUUUGCGCUGCCCUCUGGGGAGUGAACUUACUGGUGGGAACAGAAAGCGGCCUGAUGCUGUUGGAUCGCAGUGGUCAGGGGAAAGUUUACCCUCUGAUUAACCGCCGACGCUUCCAGCAGAUGGACGUCCUGGAAGGACUCAAUGUCUUGGUCACUAUAUCAGGUAAGAAGAACAAGCUCCGUGUAUACUACCUGUCCUGGCUGAGGAAUAAGAUUCUGCAUAAUGACCCAGAGGUUGAGAAGAAACAAGGCUGGACAACCGUAGGAGACUUGGAGGGAUGCGUCCACUACAAAGUUGUGAAAUAUGAGAGGAUCAAAUUCUUGGUUCUGGCUCUGAAGAACUCUGUGGAGGUCUACGCUUGGGCACCCAAGCCCUACCACAAAUUCAUGGCCUUCAAGUCUUUCGGUGAUCUGGUGCAUAAGCCGCUGCUGGUUGACCUGACUGUGGAGGAAGGUCAGAGGUUAAAGGUAAUCUAUGGCUCGUACUCAGGCUUUCACGCCGUGGAUGUCGACUCUGGGGCCGUUUACGACAUCUACCUGCCCACACACAUCCAGACGAGCAUUCAGUCUCACGCAAUCAUCAUUCUGCCUAACACUGAUGGCAUUGAACUGCUCGUGUGCUACGAGGACGAGGGUGUUUAUGUCAACACCUACGGACGCAUCACCAAGGACGUGGUGCUGCAGUGGGGGGAGAUGCCCACCUCAGUGGCCUACAUUCGGUCUAACCAAAUCAUGGGUUGGGGCGAGAAAGCCAUCGAGAUCCGCUCUGUGGAGACCGGUCACCUGGACGGCGUCUUCAUGCACAAGAGAGCUCAGCGACUCAAGUUCCUCUGUGAAAGAAAUGACAAGCCUUUGCCCCAUGUUCCCACCAUCCGCCCCUUCUUGUGAGCGUGGGGCUGGUGGGGCUCUAGAGUGUGUUGUAUUAAUGCUACAGUAGUGUGUGUGUGUGUGUGUGUGUGUGUGUGUGUGUGUGUGUGUGUGUGUGUGUAAAUGUACUUCUGUUUGGUCCACCUACUGCUAACAUGCUGGUUUGUCCAAUGAGCUGGAGGCUCAGUGACAAGCAUGAGAAAGGGACCUAAUAUUAAGUUUAGGUUGACAGGACUCAAACAUGAGGGUGUGUGCGUGCGUGUGUGUGGUUGAAGUAUAGUGUUGUAUCGGACAGGCGCUUUAAAAAGAAGGGGAGGGCGGAGAGAGUUGGUGUAGGUGAUGGAUUUCAGAAUAGUAUUUUUUGAAUCAUUAUUAUUCCUUGAAGAUAAGUGUAACUAUGUGGAGUUAAACAUGUCUUUUACCUUGUUUUUUUUAAUCAUUCACACACAUCCACCUACACAACUUGCUUGCUCUAAACCCACAGAAGUGUAAGGUGUGUCCGUAUGAAAAGAAUGCAAUGCGGGUGUGAUCCAAAAUAUUAAAUAAAGUGUCUAUGUACAAAUAAAGCUUUGGGAACUUUUGUCGUGUCGGACCGGCGGCGGGGAAGCAUGACGACCCGAUCUUAACUCGAGAAACUUGAACUGCUGUGAAUAAACAGAUAUAACGUGGAGAGAGGGGAAAAAAUCGAGAGAUAAUGUAGAUGAGAAAGUUUAGUACGUGUAUGUGUGCGCGUGUGCCGUCAACAGUUCGGCAUCGCUUUGGGUUUAAGUGGCAGAGAGGUAAACACGUGGUUGGCGGGUUUGUUUUGGCACAGGAGGCGGAGUUCCAUCUUCCAUUUCAUGACUUCGACUCAUUUCAUGCUUCAUUUAGAACAUUUGUAUGUAUUCAAUGCACUAAGUGUCAAGAAUGUAGAAAGACUUAUUACUGUGUGGUGGUCCAAGGCAUGAGAUGACGUUUUUGCUUUGUAUCUUGUCACGAGUGAUCAAUCCUAGGUGUUCGGUUUUGGAGUCGAAGCUGCGGCGGCGGCAGCAGAGCCUCUGCGUCAGAUGUACAUAUUUCGAUUCCGUAUUUGUUUCGCAGCCUUCGGCAAUCUGUGUGUCAGAGCUGAGGAGCGUUUCUCGCGGCUUUCCCGUUCCAACGAGAACACGCGCUCCUUUAUUGAUUCAGCACUCAGACUCUGGAUUUCAGUGUUACUGUGAUGAAGUGUCUCCAAACAGGCAACACUGAGCAGAGAUUUUUCCCUCACUCGGCUGUUUGUGAAGGAACUGACGAGAGAAUCCCCAUUUUUCUUUUUUUUUAUAGGAAGGAAUAGUUUGUCUAUUUUGUGCCCCUCCCUAACCCCCUCAUGCCCCACUCCAGCUGUUAUUGAAGUUCCCUGUAUGCGAAAGACUGAGCAACAACCUUCGGCAUGGACGAUCUUUGCCCAGCUGGAUUUUUUCCUUCCUUUUUUGCAAUGAUUCUCAUCAUUUGCUCACAGGAAGAGCAAGGGGAGAGUCCGAUCUAUGACGUCAUAUCCAAACACACCUUUUGUCAGGACACAAACAAGCUUAUCUUGGGUGUUUUCCCUCCUUGACGAUAAGGUUACUGUUGGUCACUUAGUUUAUGUCUCUGUAUGGAGAAGCCGUUCGGGCCCCAGUGCUUUUGUCUGAGGUCUGCAUGUGCAGUAAUGCUCGGUGUGUGUCUCUUCUUGCAUCAAGGCCUUGAUGAGUGGCUGUAUUGAAUUCAUGAAAAUAAUUUGUGGCUAUUAUCAAUAUUCUUAUUGAUCUAAGGAAAGAAACGAGCCGAUUGAGACGAAUCAGUCGCUUGCAGGCUUGUGUUGGAAAAAGUGCCAAGAGGGCAGCAUUUAAAACGUGUAAACCUGUUGUUAUAAGAACCACUACUUGGAAAUCCUUUCUUUCAAAAAAUAAAAACAACAAAAAAACUUAAAAAAUCACUCGAAGCAUUGUGUAUUCUUAAGUUUUAGAGCUAGUUGAGAAGCUUAACAAUAGUUUCUGUUGUUUCUGUAAGUCUAUGUAAACGUAACUAUGCGACUGCGGUGGUUUAAUAUUAUUACACUCACCUUAGGUGGAGAAACUGUUUACAGAGGCAAUGUUUUGUUACACUAAUGUGCAUCAUGGUAUUUAUGUUUGAGAGCAUAAUGCAUCUUAGUUCUUUAACUCAUACUUUCUGCUUUUUGAGCCCACUUUUUAUUGGAUAUUUUAAAUUUUUCGUUAGUUUUUAUUUAUUUUUCUUUGUCAUUUCUCCCACCCCUGCUAACUUUUUCCACAACAAAGAACACACGUGUUGUUCAUUUCAGGUAUUCACACAACGCUGCUUCAACAUGGAAACAUUACAGUAACGUUCCUUGCAGGCUUGGACGUGAGGCAACGUGUUUUUUCCUCUGCUGUUUCUGCCGUGCUACUCUAACUUAUGUCCUCUCUGUGUAUGACAGGAAGUCAUGUAUUUUCCUGAAAGUUUUUUGUUUUGUUUUCUUUGAAUAAACUUUAAAAGUAAUUUUAAAACAACAAUGUUGUGCCCUUUCGUCUUUGGCCUCUCUGUGAUGUUUGCUCCCCAAGUACACGCACGCACAUUGAAAACAGACAUGUUGUAACAGGUGUUGGCUAACAGACCAAAAUGGAACACAUCAGUUGCAUGUAUGGGGCGAUUUCGACAAAUGCUUUGUUUGUGGAAAUUGUGCAUAUUGUUUUCAGACAAAAUUACCAUUUCCGCUCAGCUACACGAUGCAAUGCACUAAAAAAAAAGCUUGGAUUAUAUUGAUUGUUCCUUUAUUCACGACACGGUAAAGUCCAGUUAUCUUACUGGCAUGUUGUAAAUUCUGAAUUCUUGUCGAGCUCAGCUAAAAAGGGAAGUAAUAAGAAAAGGUAAUUUUCUCAGAAUAUCUUGUGCAAGAGGAUAUUCAUUCACACGAACAGCUCACUCUCUGAAAGAUAACAGCUUUUAAUUAUUUAUAUUCAAUUCAAUUUUAUUUAUACAGC